AACGCAAUGUCGCAGUCGGUUUUGAAGCUUCGUGGUGACUAGUCGCGUUGAAAGAAAUUGUUGAAAAGAGUGGCCAGUAAAGGUAUCCCUCAAGUAGUCAAAUAAAACGUCAAGCCUCGUGUUACUCAGUUCACCAGAAUCGAAAAUAAUCCGGAAUAAGUGCUUGAAAAAAGCUGUAAUUAAAAAACACGCUUUUUCAUCGUAACUGACUUAUUAAUGAAGAAGAAUAAGACAUUAAUCAAUUAACGUUCUUCGUGUAAAUAUCGUGAUAAGCCUGACUAAUCGCAUGACGAUUUAUAAAGAUACCACCAAAGUUUGUUCGAUAUCAUCAUAAUGACUGCAAUGUUAGAGGAACUUAUAGCAUUUUAUAAAUACGUUAACGAAGAUUUGGCGGAUCCACGUACUAAAGAUUAUUUCCUAAUCGGCUCGCCAUGGCCUGGCUUAACUUUGAUUGGAGUGUAUCUAUAUUUUAUAUGUAAUCUUGGACCGAGACUUAUGGAAAAAAGACAGCCUUUUAAAUUGAACAGGAUAUUGCAAAUAUAUAAUGUGUCACAAAUUCUAUUAAAUGCAAUAUUAUUUUACAAAGCAUUAACAGAAGGUUGGUUAGGAGAAUAUAAUUACUUUUGCCAACCUGUCGAUUUUUCGAAUACACCAAAGGCUCUACAGAUCACCAAAUUGGUCUGGCUGUAUUUUUUUAUCAAGUUACUGGAUUUGAUGGACACCAUCUUUUUCGUACUCAGAAAGAAGCAGACACAAGUGACGUUUCUACACCUAUAUCAUCAUGUUGGCAUUCUAAUGGGUGCUUGGGGUGCCGUUAAAUAUCUGCCUGGUGGUCAUGUUACUUUCUUAGGAUUAAUUAAUACAUUUGUUCAUGUGAUAAUGUACACGCACUAUCUGUUAGCGUCUAUGAAGAUAAACACAAGCGCGUGGAAAAAGUACAUCACUCAGCUACAGCUGGUCCAAUUUUUCAUGAUCACGUUACACUAUUUACAAUUAGUCUGGGUGAAAGACUGCGGUUUUCCAUUGUGGCCAGCAUACAUAAUGGUACCGCAGAAUUUAUUUAUGAUUAUAUUAUUUGGAGAUUUUUAUUAUAAAACGUACAUGAAGAAAAAACCAGCAAGCAAAAUGGCAACACCAAAGACAGAAGUAAACGGCAUCUCCGCCGAAAUCUUGAAUGGAAAACUGAAAGAAUCAUAAAUUUGAAACACGACGUCUAAUACACAUGAUCUUUUCUGAUUUUAUUUCAUUUUUCGCAUUGAUACAAAUAUUUCUCAAAGUUAAAUAUCAGUUGCUGGCAACCUGAGAAUCUAAUAAGAUUAUUAUUCUAUAACGUUUGUUACGUUUCAUUUCGAAAUAGUAUAUUGUACAACUAGUGGAAAAAAUGGUCGAUUCUGAAUCAGUGUGAAGUUGGUCGCAUUCAUU